GAUGGGGCACGGCCGGGUGGCGGUGGAGCUGGACGGCAGCACCGGGGUGGCUGUGAUGAAGAUGGAGAACCCUCCUGUGAACAGCCUGAGCCUGGACUUCCUGACAGAGUUCGUAAUCAGCCUGGAGAAACUGGAGAAUGACCGAAGCUGCAGAGGCAUCAUUUUGACGUCGGGUGCCCCUAAAAUCUUCUCAGCUGGUCUGGAUAUUAUGGAGAUGUACGGGAAGAGCACGGAGCACUAUGCGGAGUUCUGGAGAGCUGUUCAGGAGAUGUGGCUCAGGCUGUACCAAUCCAACCUGGUGACAAUAGCGGCUAUCAAUGGGUCCAGCCCGGCAGGGGGCUGUCUGAUGGCCAUGUCCUGUGACUACAGAAUAUUGGCUGAGAACCCAAAGUACAGCAUUGGUCUGAACGAAACCCAGCUGGGGAUUGUUGCACCUUUCUGGUUUAAGGAUACAAUGGUGAACACAAUUGGAAACCGGGCCACGGAGCGCUCCCUCCAGCUGGGGCUCUUGUACUCCCCAGCGGAGGCCCACAGAAUAGGCCUGGUAGAUCAGCUGGUACCGGAAGAGAAGAUCCAGAGCACGGCUGCUGCCGUGAUGUCUCAGUGGUUAGCUAUUCCAGCGCCUGCCAGCCCAGGUCUCACAGCGAGCAUGGCAGCGGCUGAUGCGAGACACCGGCUGUGCUGGAAGGGGGUGUCCGUAGCGUGACGGGGACGGGCCUCAGACCUACGUAAUGGCAUUCUCCGUGGUCGAAACCGCGUCCUCCCGCACCUGGUGCAGAUGCCUUGACGUCCACGGAGCAGUGCUGACUUUCCCCAGCUGGGAAACUGGCUUGACCGCUGAUCUGGAAGCAGAUCCCGGAGACUGGCCCCUGGGGGUGGGGUAGUUAACGCUUGUUCUUGAUGGUGCCACUUGGGUCAAAUAGCGUUGACAGGGGGCAUUGAUUUUUAAGGCCGAAAGGGACCACUGUGAUUGUCUAGGCUGAUAUCCUGUAUGGAACAGGCCAGAGAAUUUCACCCGGUUUCCCCUGCCCUGAGUCCGGCACGUGGCUGACAGAAGCGUCUCCCUGAAAGGACUCCAGCCCAGCGUCGGGGCACCGAGAGACGGAGAAUCCACCACUUCUCUGGGGAGGCUGCCAUGGGGCUUAGUCACCCUCACUGUUAAACAUUUGUGCCUUGUUUCCAUUCACCUUUGUCUGGCUUCCGCUUCCAGCUAUUAGUUCUUGUUCUGCCUUUCCCCAUUAGAAUCAAGAGGGUGCUAGGACCCACUUUGUUUUUACCCAGGAAGGUAAUUACGCCCGGGGGUCCUCCGGCUGACAGGCAGACCUCGGGCAGUAACGUACACUGACCCCCGCACGACCAACAGUCUAACUCUCUGUU